AUGACCUCAAAGCAACCGCUUGAUUACAGCCAAGACCCAAAGCAUGAUUCUUGCCAGCUGAUUGUCCGUAAGGAUGCUCCAUUCAAUGCUGAACCUUGUCCUGUUGACCUAGUGAAGAAUUACAUCACACCUGAAAAGUACUUUUUUUGCCGCAAUCAUGGUCCAUUGCCUGAUAUUCAGGAGGCAGAGCAUACAAUCCUGGUGCAAGGCAUUGGAUGCGAGAAGCCCAUCCAUUUCAACAUGAAACAAAUCAAGCAGGAUUACGAAAAGGUGUCCGUAAUGAUGGUGAUGCAGGUAUGUAAUGUGUUUUUUAGCCGAAUAUAA